UCCAACACAAACAAAUAACCAAAUCAAAACACAACAGCUUUCAUUGCCUCCAUCUCUAAUCUCUCUCUCACAUAUUAAAGGGAGCUAAACACAUUAAUCUCUCAGCCUCUGUCUCCUCUCUCUCUUCUCUGAGACCUCACAACACAAACACACGAUUGAAAAAUGGGUUGUGGGGAAUCAAAACUGGCGGUUGCCACCAGCAACACCAUCCUCCGCCGCAAGAAAUCCAAUGUUGGGGGCUCUUCCAAGAAGAGCAAAGACAUCGAAACCGUCCUGGAAAACGUGGACAACGGCAGCUCAACGGUGCAACAACCAGCAGAUUGUAAGAGCAGCGAACAAGUACUCGACAAGGAUCGUGAGAAUAUUAAUGUAAAUAACAAUGUUGGUGGCCGCGAGCCAGUGGCGGCUGAGGAGAAAGCGAAGGACAUCAUUGUAAAUAACGAAGAUGGAGAUUAUGAAGACGAUGGUGAUAAAGAAUCCUUGGACAAAAGUAACAAAGAAGAGCACGGUGAGGCUGCGGAGAGGCUGAUCACCCACGGCUCCCCAAACCGUUUCUUUUCGUCUAGGAAAUUAGAUGAGGAAGGAAUUGAUGGGAUUAUUUCUGAGGGCCGGUCUGGAACGUCUGACUAUUACACUCCCCGCUAUGGAGCCGGCAGCAAGGGUAGCUUGUACUUCAAGGUAGACGAUGAUAUUCUAGAAGACAACAAAGAAUUGGGUUUGGAAGCAGAAGAAACGAAAGCCCCAGAGACACAACAAAAUGAAGAGCCCGUAAAACCGGAGGAGAAUUUGGUGAAGGAAGCAGAAGUGGCAGUCACAACAGCCAUUGCUGAACCCAAAGUGGUAGAACCCAAAGUUUCUAUCCUUGAUGAAGAAGAGAAGAAUAAUCUGAAUCUGAAAACAGAGUGAAGGAACAUGUGGGUGAUUCGCUAGCCAAGGAUUUGAAGACAAGCUUGGGUGUGAAAGGAAAAUUAAAUCUGAAAAGCAUUUUCUCCUACAUUUACCUUCUUUUGUAAUUGAUCAUCACCUAGUUUUUAUUGGUUUUGCUCCUGUGCUGAACUCUUGCUAUGCAUCUAAACAUGUAACUUGGACAUAGAA